AACAUGACAGAACACUGACUUCCUCAUUUUAAAGUGUUCACUGGAAGAAAACAAAACCAGACUUUGGCUUAAUGAUCUAUGGUCUAAUAACACUUUGAUUUUUGCUGAAUAACGAGCCCUUUGUGGCCCUUUGGGAGUGAUAGGGGUGUAUCACACAAACCAAAGGAAGGACAUCCAGUACAUCCUCGUGUGGUGGGCAGCUGAAUGGACCGGCGCGAGCCUCUCUCUCCACUCAACGCAGCUUUCCGUCAUUGACAAGUUUGUUUAGCAAGUUCCGUCGUAACUGACUGUUGUUUGCCCGUCACUGUGUCCGUGUGCACGCGCUGAGUGAGCGUCAUGACUGCUGUUUUUGUCCUCAUAUUACUGUUUACGUCAGGCAGUGUGGGGGGAGUUUUCCACUGACGAACACACACAACUCAACAACAGCUGAUCUCACUGUACUGUACGUGCAGCGAGAGCUAAGAAACAGGACGUUGGUGCUAUCUUGAUAACUUUUCAAGCAUCGUAUGGUCGUCUCUUCCACACAUGAUACACGGAUACACAAUCACUGGUCUACAAACUCCACCUCCUCCUUCUAUGGCGACAUUCUAACAUUCACAUGCUCAUUUGCAUAGUUGUAGUCUGGCCAGUUGUCACUGCCAAGUCCAAGAAAGGAUCAGUUCUAUUUGGCUUUCAGUGAAUUUUUUUGUUUGUUUGUUAUUGUAUGUUAGGCCUAAUCAGCUGCCCUCCUGUCUUACACAUUCACUGCACUAUAAACACUCCCACACCACAUACUGUACACAAAGGAUGCAAUGAAUAAUUGAAUGGACUUGAAGGCUGGUGUCUGCACACUUUUAAGAGAUCACUAUCAUGUUGUCACAGCUAGAGGAAGCUGUAAAUCACAUGUGUCACCGCAUCUGUUGAUUCUGCAUUUCUGUUGAAGCAGGAUUUACAUGCUAUGAACACUACUACAAUUAUGUGCAACACAAAGUGUCCUUUGUCUCAUGCAGCUAUAACCGUUUACAUAGUUGACUUUGUGGCAUCUGGGAUUACAGUGCAGGUGUUUACAUAACACUGUCCAAAGAAAACCAGACCUGUGUGAAAAGAGGUGUAAGAGAGAGCUAAGGUUGUCCAGGAUACAGGCAGUGUGCACAGGGGCAUAGUGUUCUUGGCAUAUGAGCCAUUUGUGGGGAUUGGGCUUGACUGGAUGCACUUGGAACAAGAACCAGGUGAUCUGUGAUGCAGAUUGCUCCGUCCUGCAGUGUGAGAUCGCCAUGGCUACAUCGCAGCAUGGGGGUUUAAAGAGGAAAUAUGGUUUCCCAGAUGAGGAUGCCAUUUACUCUUCCUCAUCCCCCUCAUCACACUCUGAAUGGGACAGUGAUGAAGAGCACCCCCAAAGUGAUAGUGUGGACUUUGGGCCUGCUGGUUCUUUCUCUUCAAGUCAUCAUAUGCCAAUUUCAUCCAUCCUGAAGAAGACAAAAGAUACUCAAUCCAAAGGCAGUGUUCGGUUUGGCCUGGUUACAGUGUUCCUUUUCCAGCGCUGUCAAGGUUUCAGCAGUGUGCCCAGUCAUGGUGGCUGCACACUGGGCAUGGUUAGACGGCACACUACCCGCCAGCAGUUCACCCUGGCGGAGCACGCGGAGGAGCAGCAGCGCUUGCGAAUGGAGAGGCUCCGUGAGCAACACCAAGAGGAGAGGCUGGAGGCAAUGAGACAGAAGCUGAUUAUCAGUGGGACUCUCACAGUGACAGAAGCAGCCAGGCUGACAGUGAACGACGUCCCAGAUGAGGAUGCCGUUCUCAGUAGCACAAAGCUGAAAGACAUGGGAUCCCUCCGUCUCUACUCUUCCAAACGGAGACGUGAAUUAUUGAGAGCAGCAGGGGUGGUGCGAAUCGACCGGGAGGAGAAGAGGCAGCUGAAGGAUCUGCGGCGGUGGAGGGAAGACUGUGGAUGCCACUGCCAGGGCUUCUGUGAGCCGGACACCUGUGCCUGCAGCCAGGCUGGCAUCAAGUGCCAAAUGGAUCGCUCCAACUUUCCUUGUGGAUGUUCAAAGGAAUGUUGUGGGAAUCCCGCAGGCCGAAUUGAGUUCAACUCCAGUCGUGUACGGAGCCACUACAUCCACACACACAUGAAGCUGGAGCUGGAAAAGAGGCUGCACGAUGACAACAGACUAACUGCCACUGAGCAACAAUCAGCGGAGAGGAACAGAGCCAUUACAUUUCCUGUAGAAAACAACUCUCCCUCAUUUCUCCUGAGCUCAGAGCUCUGCAGGCAGGGGGACAACAGCUGGAGCAGUGACAUGACUGACACCUCCUGCUGCUCUUCAUCUCUGAGUCUGGACUCUGAGACGGACGGAGGGCCUUCCUCAGAGCGACCCACACUGGACAUGGACAGCAGAGGACUCACUCACAUAGUCAGUUUUUCUGAUUCUGAUGGAGAAGGAUGUCCAUACAUUAAAGAGUAUGAUCUGUCCACAGAAGCUUCUGGUGGCACAUCCACGAAGGAAAGCAACACCAGUACAUCUAAAGUGGAGUAUCUGGAUGAAAAUGCUAAUCAGGCCACCAUGGAAUGUGUCGACGAUCCAUUUGAUAUCCCUAAUACACCAUCUGCAUCUCCGGAUCACACUAUGAACUGUUACAUGGACCUCAGUCUGUCCUCAGGCUCUGACCUGGUCUUUUUUGACACUUUUCAUGAAUACUGUCUAAGCUGCAAUCAUUUGAAAGUGUGCACUCAUCUGGACUACAUGUCACAGCUCCAGUUCCCCUGCUGUCCCAGUCCCACUCUAACAGAGGACUCAGGAGUCAGUCUUCUGGAGUCUCUUGUAGGAAUUUCUUAAUGGGGAUCUGAGCAACUCAGUAUUUUCGUUGAUGUUUUAAAGACAAAUGAGCAUUGUUUAUUUGCAAUUGUACAGUAUCAUUAAAUCUCAUUUACUAUGAGAAAAAUGGUAAAUAACUGAAAUUUAAGGAUAUUCCUUAGAAUUAUAUUUAAGGAUAUUAAUGUAGUCUGUAACCAUUUAUGAUCACAGUGUAAAUACAGUUAAAAACCACUCAGUGAAAAUCUGUGGGAAGUAUCAUGAUGAGUAAUAUGUCAACUUUUUUGCCAAAAGUCUUGGAGAGUUUGUACAGUGGUUUCAAGUAAGAUUUUAUAUUUAUACUUCGUAAACUAAAGGCUUCAUCACCUUUUUAUAAGGUGUUAAACUAAUCCUAUUGCAGUAAAUAAAGUUUUACUCUCAAAUGUUUAUUUAUAAAAGCCUAUUCAUAUUUAUUUCUCAGUUGUGUUUUGCUUUAAUUAUCAUGUAUAUGAAUCAAAGUUUUAUUUUUGUGUAGCACAGUGUAUUUGUUACAGUGUUUCAAAUGAGUGAGCUGAUAUAAAUGCCAAAAUGCCAUUUUCAUAUUUCAUGAUCGUCUUUUCAAGGGCCAGCAUGCCUUUUCAUUUAAAAGGAAAUGUUUUUCAUUUAAGGAAUGACUUGUAAUAUAUGAAGAAAUUCAGGCUACAUUUGCUUUGUGAAUAUUUCAUUCAUCAGUGGUAUACCUGCUCUGUAUUUACUUCAGUGAAUAUUUUUGAAAAUUUCAAAAUGUGUCAAUUUUUUUUCGGAAUAACUCAUCUUAAUAAAAUUGAUUUCACAAAACCAGUGAGAAG